AUGUCAGGCAGAAGCUUGAUGAGGUCAGUUGUUCCAUUUGGUGGCUUAUUUCCUACACCAUCAGAUUUUAAGAGUCCUUUAAGUGGCAGAAAUCAAUCUAUUCCUCGAUGUAAGCUUUGCAAUGACAAGUAUGAACAAGAAGUUGAUGCCGUUAUGAAGGCAGGGUCGACUCUUUCAGAUGCUAAUCAGUAUUCAGAGAACUUGCCUUCUUGGUUAUCGAUGGCAGCUGUUGACACAAGCGAAGGAGAGGAUGCGGCAAAGACUAAUGGUGGUGAAUCCAUGUUGACUGCUAAAGUUUUGGGGUUGCAGGAAAAAUGGAAUGAUAUUUGCCGACGUCUCCACCACACUCCAACAUUCCCCAAGUUUGGUAUUAACCCCUACAUGUCUCGUGUUCCAGACACGAAGCAAAGAAGUAGGGAUGACCUGUCUAUCAAUGAAAGUCUAUUUCCCAAUCAAAGUCCCAGCAGACAAGUUCACACGCAAAAAACUUUUCUACCAAAAACUGCUGCAUCGAUAUCAUGUACUUUGGAAGGUAUGAAUAUAAAUUUUCACUCCGAGUUGCAUGUGGAUGUCCCAAGCUUAGCUCAGCAAACUGAUAAAGGUGUGCUCUGGUUCCAUCACCCUCAGCAAAGUCUGAGCUCUUGUUCUGGACGCACACCAUCUUCAUAUGAUCCUCCGGUAACCACGGAUAUAGAGUUGGGAACAAUAUAUGAAUCAACCAGACAGGAAUCGAACACCACAAAAUUGCUAAAUCACGAAGAACAUCUUCAUCACUUCUCAGGUUCUGUGUCUGCUAAAUUUGAUUCAAAUAGCGAGACUACUUCAUAUCAGUUUGCCCAAUCUUUGUCAUGCUCCGGUCCUACACCAGGAGAGCAGUUUGAUCUGGGAGAUUACAAGUCCAUUAGGAAAGCUCUUGCCGAAAAAGUUGGCUGGCAAGAUGAAGCUAUCAAUUCUGUCAGCCAAGCUGCAUCCCAAUUAAGACACAGGAAUCGAAGCUCUCGUGCCAUAAAUUGUAAAGGGAUAAUUGGCUUACUUUCCUGGGCCGGACAGAAUUGGAAAAAUAAGAAUUGCUUCAAAAGAAACCCCAUUCCAUUGUUUUCCUUGAAAACGUUGACAAGGCUGAUUAUGGGGUCCAGCAUAGUUUGGACGUGGCUAUUAGAACGGGUAAUUCUGGAUUCUUGUGGGAGAGAAAUAAGCAUCAACAAUAUGGUUCUUAUAACAACGUCAGCCAUCACAAAAGGUAAUACAAACGUUAUCUGUGAGAAUAAAGACAUGAAAUUCCCGGAGGAAAGAAUACUUGGAGCCAAAAACUGGCAAAUGCAAAUCCUAGUUGGCUCUGUUUCUGAUGAUGCAAACAAAAGCAACGAUACAGGCGUCAGGGUUACUACAAUAAAAAAAGCUGAUCAACACUGCCGAGUCAUCCGAGUUUCCCCGUGGAUGUGGGAGAUGACGAUGACCCCGGUUUGGGGCAGUCGAAGAGUGAGUCAGUCUGAAAGCUCAGAAUGUUGGUUGGAAGAAUUCUUUAGCCAAGUGUAUAAAAAGAUACAUUUCAAGCCAUUUGAUUUCGAUGGACUUGCCAAUAAAAUUGUGAAGGAAAUAAGCUCAAAAUGUCAAAGAACGAUUGGAACGGAGUUUGUGAUGGAGAUUGACGAAGAAGCAAUGGUACAAAUACUUGCUGCUGCCUGGUUUUCAGGCAAGAAGGAAGCUUUAGAAGAUUGGAUUUCAAAAGUGGUUGGAGGAAGCUUGGCUGAGGCUGGGCAAAAGUACAAUCUCACUCCUCAAUCUGUUGUGAAACUGGUUGCAUGUGAAGGUGGUGUUGUGAAGGAAGAAGCUCCUGGAAUACGUUUGCCUGCAAAAGUUAAUCUCAACUGAUCUUCUAUUCUUCUCUUUUUCACCAUGUAGUUAAAUGG